AAUUCUAGUAUGCACUUUUCAAGUGAUAAUAAAUACAAGAAUGAUGUGAUUUCAUGAUUGAGUUCUUUUUGAAUUGUCUUGUGGUGAACAUCUCAGAACUUUCUUUAUGGAAUGUCUUUACAACUCUAGAGUGGUUUCUUGACUACCUAUAUUACAUGGGUUUGGGUGCAGUUACAUGCCUAAGACCAGGAUCUGUUGAAUCCUCGCUUAGGAUUCAUGGAAUGGUAAGGACUGAUAUAAUUUGAGUAAUGGCAUUACUUAUACUUAUGGCUCUCUGAAUUUACUAUUUGACUACUGCCAAAAAUAACUCUAGGUUGCUAAUAAAGAAUGAUGACUGCACCAAUGGUGGACGCUGGGGAUGGUUUUGGUGAAGGGAGGCCAUUGAGGACAUGGCUCAAGAUUGUCAUGAAAGUUAGAGUCUAUGGUUCAAGCAAUAGAUAGAGUGUAAUUCUGAAAAAGGAGAUCUUUGGCUGGUCCCAUCCCAAGUUAUUGGGAUGAGGCUUGUUGAGGAUCAAGAAAAAUAAGAAUCUAAACAUGAAAACUGGAUCAAGGAUCUUAUACGAACCUGAUACUCACACAACAUGGGUGCAUUUGGGACAUGCAACGAUCCUGGUAACAGUGGCACCUACUGCACAGGGAUUGGAGAGAGGAGAGUACGAAUUUUUUUGUUUUUUUUUUGGCCUCUUACUGAGUAUGGACCUCUCUCACAUAGAGUUGGCAAAGUUCCACACUUAUCUGCUUUGACUAAAUUGUUUAACCCUGUUGAUCAGCAUCCAAUCUAUAAACUAUCAUUCUCGGACUACCUUUUUCAUUGUGGCAUGACAAACCUUCAUAUCAAUGCUUUGCAUUGCUUUUGCUACCUAUUUUUAUUAGAGGAUGGCCCAUCUUAGAUAUAAUAUUCAUAGAUCUUAGUGACAGUUGCAGCAAAUAGCAGUUGAAACUAACCCUCCAUAAGACUGCUCUACUGUGGCGUAUUUACAUGAUUUGUAAUGCACUUGUGCGUGGAUGUGUCCUUGCUUGGUGCAGUCUGGCAAAACUUGCCUUCUUAAUUUGGAACUGCUAUCUAGAAAUGGGAAGCCAUUGUUGAUUUUCUGCCUGACUUCAAAUAUCUAUUGAUACACGCAUCUAUCAAAACUUGCUGAGGAACAUAUUUUCCAAUUAAAAGAAUUGGGGAAAUGGAUAUCUCUAUGCUUGUAUUGUGGUCUUGACAUUGGUAAAAUUUAUUGUGCACUUGGUAGAGUUUUGAUAUAAGUCAAAUAGGGGCCUCAAAUAGUAUGGGCAAUGUUUAUCUUCUUAAUUGCUUCUUCCUGUGGGUUUUCGUUGCAGACAUUUUUGGUGUGGCAGUUGGCCUUUUCUGUCCUUCUCCUGGGGAGAAAGUACCCGUGGAAUAGGAUUGCUGGCUGCUUACUCGUUGCUGGUGGAGUAGUUGUAGCAGUUGCAAGUGGAUCAGACACCGGCCAAAUGCUAUCGGGAAUUGGAUUUGUGUGGCCAGUGUUAAUGAUUGUUUCAAGUGCUUUUCAAGCUGGUGCAUCUAUUCUCAAGGAAUCUGUCUUCAUUGAUGCUGCAAACCGCCUCAAGGGAAAGUUGCUUGACAUAUUUGUUGUAAAUUCAUUUGGAUCUGGAUUCCAGGCUCUGUUUGUGUUUCUCUUUCUGCCUUUCCUGUCAAGCUCGAAAGGCAUACCAUUUUCCCUACUGCCUACGUACAUAAAGAGUGGAGCCGGUUGCUUUUUCAAUAUUGGAGCCCAUGCUCUAGGUAAUUUCUGUUGCCUUUGUAAUAGUUACAUACAUUCAUAUAUGUGGACAGAUGGCCAAUUAUAUCUUGGUUUGAGUUCCAUUACAUGUAUACACACAUAACACAUGCAGAUGCACAUAGAUAACCAAAUUAUGUCUUGCUAUUUGCUUCUGUAUUUUUAUGAAAUGCCUGAAAUGUGGGAAAUUUUCAUUGACUUUCUGACUUAAUACACGUGUUAGUUUCGCAACUUUUGGGGGGAAAAGGAAGCGUGUCUUGGUAACAUUUUUGUUCCCUAAAGCAGUAGGGUUCAUUUCUGUCAACUAAUUGUCUUCUUGUUGUAUAAAGUGGGUUCUUGGGGAAGAAAUGGGAAAUACCCUUUCCACUGCUAGUAAAACUUGAGAAAUUCUGAUUUCAUAUGCAGCAGCACAUUGCUAUCUUUUCCCCAUCCCUUACACAAUUAACUGCUAAAAUACUGAUCUAGUUACAAUAUUGAAUCAAUGAGUUUUCA